UUUAGCACACAUGUCAAACUUGUAACAACAAGGUUCGAAUACUUUGAUUUUAUUCCUCAUGACUUGUGUUUUCUUUCAUCCAGCGUCUGUGACAGUGUGUGCGUCCCUGACCUGAAGCAGCCGCCAUGCUGAACAGCAACCUGUUGCUCUCCGUCUACAUCCUCACCUUCCUGAUGGGGGUCCCCGCCAACAUCCUGGCCUUCUGCACCUUCUGCCGCAAGGUGUACCGCCGGGCCGCCCCGAUAGACGUCCUCCUCCUCAACCUCACCAUCUCGGACCUCAUCUUCUUGACCUUCCUGCCGUUUAAAAUGAAGGAGGCGUCCGACAACAUGGAGUGGCUGCUGCCCUACGAGCUCUGUCCCUUCACCGGCUUCCUCUUCUACGUCACCAUCUACAACAGCACCCUGCUGCUCACGGCCGUGAGCGUGGAGCGUUACCUGGGCGUCGCCUACCCCCUCAGGUACUCCCUGUGCCGCCGGCCUCGCUACGCCGUCAUCGCCAGCGUCACGUUCUGGGUGGUGACCUCUCUGAACCUCAGCAUCGUCUACAUCAUGCCCUACUUCCAGUGGAACAAGGGCAAAGACACCGACCACACCAACGGCAGCAGGCCCGCGCCGCCUCCACCCACCUGCUACCUGAACUUCACGGAGGACGAGCUCAAGAUCGUGCUGCCCGUCCGCCUGGAGCUCUUCUUCGUUCUCUUCUGCAUCCCCUUCGUCAUCUGCUGCUUCUGCUACGUCAACUUCAUCCUCAUCCUGUCCCGCCUCCCAAACAUCGGCAGGCGGCGGAGGGUGCGAGCCAUCGGCCUGGCGCUCGGCACGCUCAUAGUGUUCGCCGUCUGCUUCGGGCCCUACAACGCCUCCCACGUGGUCGGCUUCAUCCGCCAGGAGAGUCAGGAGUGGAGGAACGUGGCGUUGCUCUCCAGCACCUUCAACGCCUGCCUGGAUCCGGUCAUCUUCUACUUCUCGUCGGCGGCCGUCCGGAGCAUGUUGAAUCACUGCUUCAGGAACAUCGUGGCCAAGCUGCACAUCCUGAGGGGUCUUCGGCAGAAACCACCCAAGACUGAAAAAUACAAGGGAACGGCUCCUUCCUGA